CAUAUACUGAUUCAUUCAGGCAAAGUUGCUUUAAAACUGACAUCGAAAAUAAUUCAGGUUUUCAUAAUUUUCCUUGAGAAGUCGUGAAAAUGUUUACUCUGGGGGCACUGAUGGAGGCCUCGCUGCUUUGCCUAAAUGCCAUUUGCGUCCUGCACGAGGAGCGUUUUCUGGCCAGAUUUGGCUGGCAGCAACGGAGGGCUCAGCGGCGGUAUGGUCCGCCCAGCACUACGGAGCAGGUGCUACACAUAAUUCGCUCGAUUCGCACAGUUGCCAAGAUUCCAUUGAUAUUUGUGAACAUUAUAACGAUUACAUUCAAACUGUUGUUCGGUUGACUAACGAGCAUGAGAGGAGGAAGCCAGAAAAGAGAAAGGAGACACACAAAUAAAUAGCAGACAAAGGUAAACAAAUAAAUGUAAAUCAGGCAAAAGGAGCAGCAAAAAUCGAAUUACACCAAAAACAAGAUAGCCAACAAAAUGUAAAAAAAA